AUGAAUAUGAUCUCCGAGAAGGCAUGGGACUCACAGAUGAGCACUCCUCAGCACUAUAUGAACACAUCUGGAAAGAAGUUCCCGUUGCCGACUUCACAAAGGGCAAUCGAGCGGAUCCUGGCCGACCAAGAAGAAGUGAUCAAGGAGCUGUUUACGAAGAACAAGCGAAUCUGCGACUCCCUGAAGGAAAUCAAGGAAGAACUCGACCAGUUGCGAGGAAGUUUGCAAGACAAUCGUGAUGGGCGAGUCAGCGAAAGCGAACAAGCGAGAAUCGCAGAAAAUGUGGAGUUCAUGGAGUCUGUCCAAGAAGAACAACCACAACCACCGGACGAAGAAAAAGAGUCUAUAUUCGAAGAGAUCCAUCAUCUCGAGCAAGAACUGAAGCAAGUCCACAACAAGAUACGCGAACUUGCCGCUCUCCGAAGAUGUCGUCCUAGACAAUAUGAAGAAGGAAUCACACGUGAAGAAGAGACAACGAUGCGAUGCGCUUUCUGCUUUGCUGAAGGAAGGCACUAUUCCGAUUCCUGCCCCGAAGUCCGGACAGUGGAGGAGAGAUUGGAUUCACUGAGAAGAAGGAGACGCUGUACCAUCUGCCUGGACAUAGAAUGCGAUAUGGGCUAUUUCUGCCCGAAAUACAGCAAAAGAUGCCAUCACUGCCAUAAAGCCGGACACGCCUCCGCAGUAUGUACGCUACCAGAAGAGUCCUUGGAUAUUCUGGCUCGAAAACGCGAUUACGAGAUCACCGCCGAUCAGAUCCUGAGACGUCUGGAAGAACUGCGCAGAGCUCUCUGA